AUGCCGGACACAAUUAUGUCCAAAGAACCCUCUUCCAACCUGGAGAACGCAAUGCAGAUGCUGAUCAAAACCUUCCACAAGUACUCGGGGAAGGAGGGGGACAAGUACACUCUGAGCCGUGGAGAGCUGAGAGAGCUGUUAACAGAGGAGCUGGGGAGUUACCUAGGGAAUGCCCGGGAUGGAGAAGGGGUUGAGAAGGUGAUGAAUGACCUGGACGCCAACAGUGACGGUGAGGUGGACUUCACAGAGUUCAUCAUCCUCAUGGGAGCCCUGACGGUGGCCUGCAACGACUUCUUCAUGGAAUAUAAGCCCGAGAAACUCGUCCACACGCCCUUCAAAACAAAGGAGGCAACGAUAGAGGAGAUUAAAGAGUGAAGGAAAGAUGGGAGGAGGGACUGGGAGGAGGGAAGGGGGAGGUGGAGGUGAAGGGUGCAAUGAACUGUAGAGCAAUAGUGAAAGGGUAUAAUUUAUGGUUGUAUGAUCAUCUUAUGCAAUUUAUAAACAGUGCAACUGCAAUGUGUGAAAAGAGGCUGAGGGAACAUCACUGUGUUAAAGUAAGUAAAGUUUCGCUGAUGGACACUUAAACAGGAAAAUAAGUGUUUUCCCUCUGCAACUAUCCAAAUACUUUUCAUACCACAGUUAGGUCACAGGUACGGAGCCAGUUACUCUGUGUCCUCAAAUCCAUGAAUGGCACUGUAUACCGCAGGGGUCAGCAACAGGCUCCCCGGCAGAGUGGUUUUAUUGGGCC